AUGGUCACUGUGCGAAACCCGACGCCAAAGCUCAGCGAUGAGCUCUUCCGCGCCAUGCAGACCGUCCUGGACGCCCUCUUCAACCAGCGGGACCCUGCAGAUAGCGAGCGCGAUCUCUCGGAGGCGUUCCACGAUCUGCUGCCGAAGCGGCAGUUUGUGGAUUAUUAUAAGCUCAUAAAGCACCCCCAGGCGCUGAACCCGGUGCAGCUGAAUGUCAAGAGGAAGACGUACACGGUGUUUGCCGACUUUGUGAAGGAUUGCGCGCAGAUAUUUCAUAAUGCAAAAUUAUAUAAUCGACAUGAUAGUGUGAUAUAUGAGGACGCAGAGAUUCUAGAAGGCACCCUCAGCACCGAACUCGGCAAGCUCCGCGAGGCCGGCGUGAUCCAGCAAGCCGACAGCGAAUUACCGGACCUUGGACCGCUACCGCCCCCCUCUCCCAGUGGCUCACAGGGCUCCCCAGACCCCGAAGAAGACUCGGCCGCAGAGGACGAGGAGGAAGACGAAGAGGACGACGCCCAGGAAGAGGAGGAAGACGAUGGCAAGAAGCGCCGUAGCUCCACCAGGAGGCGGACGGGGAAGAAUGUCAAGGAUGACGACGGCGAGGGCGGAAAUGAGAGCGUGAGGAAGGAUAUGAACGAUCCGAGGCGCAAGAGGGGUAGGCCGCCGAGGGUGGAUACGCCAAUGGAGGUCAGGGUUAAGAAUGUGCUGAAGGCGCUGAGGAAGUUGAAGGAUGAGGCGUCCGGGAAUCUUCGAAUUAACGCCUUUGAGAAGCUCCCCGAGAAGAAGGAAUUUCCGGAAUACUUCCAGGAGAUCAAGAACCCCAUCGCGCUGGACCUGAUCCGCAAGAAUGUCAAGCGCCGCGAAUACAAGACGUUCGACCAAUUCAUUGCCGACAUGGAGCUGAUGUUUGAGAAUGCCAAAGCGUUCAAUGAGGACGAUUCACAGCUCUACCAGGACGCCGUCAUGCUGCAGGAAGAGAUGCGCAAAGCCGCCGAGAUUGAAAAGGCGCGCAAGGACGAGGACAUCACUGGCGGUGACGAGGGUGCCGGCGGUGGCGGCAAACAAUUGCGUCUCCCGCUCGACCACAUCCCGCACAAGGGCGAGAACUACCGUGUCGGCGACUGGAUCCACAUCAUCAAUCCCAACGACCCAAACAAACCCACUGUAGGCCAAAUCUUCCGCACAUGGAAGGACCACGACGGGCAGAUCUGGAUCAACGCGUGCUGGUACUACCGGCCGGAGCAGACCGUGCACUGGGAGAACAAGAAGUUCUAUCCCGACGAGGUUGUCAAGACAGGGCAGUACCGCGAUCACCACAUUGACGAGGUGCUCGGAAAGUGCUUUGUCAUGUUCUUUACCCGCUACUCGCGCGGACGGCCAAAGGGCAUUGAUCCGAAGCGCACACCGAUCUAUGUGUGCGAGAGCAGGUACAACGAGGUGGAGAAGCACUUCAACAAGAUCAAGACGUGGAAGAGUUGCAUCCCGGACGAGGUGCGGGGCCAGGACUACGAUCUCGAUAGCUUUGAGAAGCAACAGGUGCUUAAGAAGAUGCCGAGUCCCAUCCUGCAUAUGCUGCCAGCGGACGCGAAGGAAGACGACCCGUUACCGGAGGCGAAGAUGGGCGUGGAGAAUGCGCCGCCAAUUAUCGGUGCAGUGUUUAGAAGGGCACGGAGAGAGAAUGACUCCCCCCCACCAGAGCCCACCCCGCCUCCCCCAGCACCUAUGCCCACCCCCGCCCCCGCCUCGGAGCGCCCCGCCCGCGUCAUAAACCCCGACUACCACGAGACAAUGUCAAUGACCCAAAUGUACAAGCAAGCGCAUCUCGCCGCCUCCGUGACCACCCCCGCCGCCGCGGCCUCUCCCGCCCCCCAGCACCAACAGCCUCACGCCCGCUCUCCAAUGACCCCCUACGCAUCCCACCACUACACCCCCACGCGCCAACACUCUUCCCAAGGCUACCCCUCUGCGCCGCCCCCGCAGCACCAGAACGCGGCCGCGGCAGCCUCUCAGGCGCUCCCGCAGAAACAGUAUAACCCCCCUGCGCCCCCGACUACGUUCACGCUCCCCGACAGCGUUACACAUAAUAUUCCUGAAGAGACGGCAGCGCAGUUCUUGCGUGAUGGCGAGGGGAAGUUGUUGUGGUUUACGGUGCCGCCAUUGGAUGCGGUGGAGGGCGCGGGCGCGGGAUUGGGCCAUUCAGUGGCGUGGUUGGCGAGGAGGAAAGAGAUUGAGGAGAGGAAGAGACGGUGGGGAGUGGAGAGAGAGGAGAGGGGAAGGAGGGAGAAAGUGAGGAUUGUGGAGGAGAGGGAGAGGCAGAAGGAUGUGGCGAAGGAGGUGUUGGUGAGGGCGUUAGAUGUCUGGAAGGGACAGAUGAGGGCGUCUGUGGGGAAAUAG